CAGACGACACUGGUACAUUCUGGCGCGUGCAAGUGUAAACUUGGCAGACGACAUUGAAUGCAGAUUCAAAAAGUGGUUAUAAUUUUCCAAAGUUUUAAUUUUAAUUGAAGGAGCAUCAAAAUAAAAGAGAUUUACUAUUAAAAGAUCAGAUUAAAGAAACAAAUAAAACUUCCAAAACAAGUUCAACCAUGGAUGCAAAAAUAGUUCUUAAUGACUGAGGAGUUCGUGAUUUGUUUAUUGUGUUGAGUUUCGUUCUUCGAAGAAAACCAUCUUUUUAACAUAGUGACCGGAAAAAGUUCAAAAUGGUUAAUCCAGACCACAUAUUCCAUAUUGCCGAUUACGUCAUCUUCGGUGCAACGAUUGCCAUUUCGUUAGGAAUCGGACUCUACUAUGCGUUAUCCGGCGGAAAACAACGAACGACUUCGGAAUAUUUCGUGGGCAAUCGGCAAAUGACGAUAAUCCCGGUGGCUAUUUCGUUAAUGGUGUCCUUCGAAUCUUCGAUUAUGAUGUUGGGAACACCAGCUGAGGUAUAUGUUUACGGGUUUCAAUGGCUGAUCGGGAACGUCGGGUAUUUCAUCGCCAACAUCCUGUCAAUCAUAAUCGUCGUGCCCCUCAUCCAUCCUCUCAGGAUCACCAGCGCAUAUGAGUACCUGGAGAUGCGAUUCGAAUCCCGGCACGUGCGAACCUUGGGCACCCUGAUCGGCAUGUUAAGCUAUUCGUGCUACAUGGGUAUUGUACUGUUUGGACCUGCCAUUGCUCUCGAAGCCGUUACCGGAUUUCCGCAGUGGACUUCCAUUUUUUCCGUCGCCCUGGCCUCUGUCAUCUAUACCGCCAUUGGCGGUCUUAAAGCUGUGAUAUGGACGGAUGUUUUCCAGUGCGUCGUCAUGUUCACGGGAUUCUUCGCAGUCCUUAUUAAGGGGACAAUGCGUAUCGGAGGAGUGGGGAAAACAUGGGAAAUCGCCAUCGAUAAGGGAAGACUCAAUCUCUUCAAUUUCGACACGGAUCCGACCAUCCGCCAUACGUUCUGGAACCUGUUCGUAGGAAGUAUUAUCCGGGGGUUCGGUCUCGUGUUCAAUCAAUCCUCCAUACAGAGAAUUAGCUCCACUCCGACCAUACGGGACGCCAGGAAAGUGUUGAUGUUGGUUGCUCCAGGAUUCUUCCUGUCCUUGACAUUGGCAGGGAUAGAAGGAAUAAUCGCGUACGCCUAUUAUGACGUCAUCGGAUGUGACCCAUUGAAAUCCAAACAAAUCACCAAUCCUAAUCAAAUCGUCCCGUACAUGGUGAUGGACAUCUUCCAGGGCUUCAAAGGAAUGCCGGGCCUCUUCAUGGCUUCACUGUUCAGUGCCUCUCUCAGCACACUGUCAUCUGGACUGAGCAGUUUGUCAGCUUUAUUCUGGACCGACUUAGUCAAGCCACACACCAAACCUAUGUCUGAAUUCAAGGCCACAGUUAUCUCCAAACUUUCUGUGGUGGCGUUCGGUGGACUGGCUGUAUUUGUGGCGUUUAUGAUUGCUCUCGUCGGUGGAACAUUGGUUCAGAUCGCAGGAAGUAUAUUAUCGGCGUUUGGAGGCCCACUCACUGGUCUUUUUAUGCUUGGUGCCUUCUGCCCUUGGGCAAACGCAAAGGGAGCUAUUGGUGGGACGGUGUUAUCAAUGGGGAUCACGUUCUUCCUCUGUAUCGGCCAGAUGACGACCAAAGGGUCUAUAAAGAACACCAAACUACCGUCUGCUCCCAUUGACCAAUGUCCCGCAGCGAAUGUGGCGUCAAUGAUAAUGAAUGUGACGUCAAGUUAUUUAAACACGACGUCAGACUAUGAAAACGUUACGUCUACGUCAUUCAUGCCUCCUGAUACGACUGCAUUUGUAGCAAGCGGAUACCCGGAACCGACGGGUUUUAGCCGCAUUUUCAUGAUAUCGUACCAGUGGUUCGGCGCCAUCGGAAUAAUGCAGGUCAUCAUCUAUGGAACAAUUAUCUCCCUUUGCACAGGCUACAAAAAGCCCGGCGAGGUGAAGAAGAAGUUCCUCAUCCCUUUCUAUGAUAGCCUCUUCCCCUUCCUGCCAGAGUGUAUCCGAAAACCGCUACGGUGUGGGUAUGAGUACCCGGAUGAUGACGAGGAGGACGAUAAGAAAAGUACAACAGAUUACCAGAUGUUGGACGGAAUAAAACCUUUCCUUCACGAAGCAAUUGAUAUAAACUACCCAGUAAACAUACAGCAGAAAGCAAAUGGCACAAGCGCUCUCAACAGCUCAAAAACAAACGUCAACGGUGACGUCAAAUACGGAAAUGACGUAAUCAAUACUACGAAAGCGGAAGUGACGACAAGCAAUGCCGUCAAUAUCGCCAAAUCUGUUGAUAACAUAUCUGCGUCCGUUCGACUUCCGGUCAGGGAUAUUGAAAUGAACAUUAUGCGAGCGGACAGCCAAAGAGGGAGCGCGGGUUUUGUAACCGUUGAAAACUCAGAUCAGUUGAUGCCCUUGCAACUCAGAGCCAAGAGUCUGGAAUUUGAUAUAGAAAAGUAGAGAGCACAUUAGGGAUAUUAUUUAUUUGAGGCUAGUUCAAAUACAGUCAAAAAAUCGCUAUGUCGAAGUCGUUUGGACUUCUAGAAAUACCUCGAGAUAACGAACAUUCGAUAUAACCGAAACACAACACAUAUCUAUUUAAACCAAAAAUAAGCAAUACAGAUUCGACAUAGCCGGAACAUCGCGAUUACAGAGUUUGACAUAACCGAAACAUCGUGGUCGGCAUAGUAAGUUUCAACUGUAUGGAAACCCAUUGACAUUGAAACGGCAAAAUAUAUCCUGGUAAUAACAUUUCUGGAAAUAUGUUUCAUUUCGUGGCAUAAAAGGACUGCUUUUAAAAUUUAAUUUGAACUGUUGCAAUUUGUUAUCAUACUUGUUUAAUGUUAUCUUAAUUGUAAACAGAUUUUGAAGUGUAUUUUUAUUGUAACUGUUUAUUAAGUAAUUUAAAGCUGCACUCUCACAGAUUGAUAAUUUUGACAUGUUUUUAAGUUUUGUCUCGGGAUCAGCUUAUUUUGGUAUCAAUGCCUUAAAUUCAGUCAUAUAAGAUAACUCACAAUAUAACUCAUCUCAAUUGUUUAGAAAACUGCCCAAAAAUGGACUUUUCUGCAAGCGUAGUAAAGCGUAUUGCUAUAAAACAUCAAUUUUCGAAUGUAAAUAGGAAACACUGCGAUCUGAUCUUUUGUCAGCAGUUUUGAAUCACUAGUUUCAAGAAAUUAACACAAAUAUUGGCUCAUUUCUAGACCAGAACAAAGUUGUCAAACGGUCAAUCUGUGAGAGUACAGAUUUAAACUGCAUAUAUGUAAAUAAA